CGCCAUGCGUGGGAGCCGAGUGCCGGAGAGACGCGGGAGAUCGGGGGUGCUGGGGGAGAUCUGGGGAAGGGAGAGGGCGGAAGGACGGCGGAGCUGCUUCACGCCAGCCAGGAAGACUGGGGUACUGGGACCCAGGAGACCAUGAGUACCUCCAGGCUCUACACCCUGGUGCUGGUGCUGCAGCCUCAGCGAGUUCUCCUGGGCAUGAAGAAGAGGGGCUUUGGUGCUGGCCGCUGGAAUGGCUUCGGGGGCAAAGUGCAGGAAGGAGAGACCAUUGAGGAUGGGGCUAAGAGGGAGCUGGAGGAAGAGAGUGGUCUAACUGUGGAUGCCCUGCACAAAGUGGGCCACAUCUCAUUUGAGUUUGUGGGUUCCCCUGAGCUGAUGGACGUGCAUAUCUUUUCUACUGAACAUGUACAUGGGACACCCACAGAGAGUGAUGAAAUGCGCCCUCAGUGGUUCCAACUGGACCAGAUCCCCUUUGCUGACAUGUGGCCUGAUGACAGCUACUGGUUCCCACUCCUGCUUCAGAAGAAGAAGUUCUGUGGGUACUUCAAGUUCCAGGAUCACGACACCAUCCUCAACUACUCGCUGCGUGAGGUGGAUGAAUUCUAACCCAGGGUCUGGCCAGUUCUGGCCACACUCAGGUGGCUGCACAGCCACAAGCUGUCAGUCCAAGGGCACCAUAAAGAGAGACUGGUAUUUUCUGUUUGCAAGGUGUUGAGGUUGGGAUGUGAAAUGUCACUGAUAGACUAAUGUUUGAAUACUUCAUCUCCACCUACUGGUCGUGUUUUGGAAGGUUGUGGCACCUUUAGGAGGCAGAGCACCAAUGGGGAAACUGAGUCACUGGGGGUCAGAGAGAUGUGGGAUGGGCCUUAAAGUUUGAUAGGUAGGUAUAGAAUAUUAUUUUAAGAUGUGUUACAUUUGUUUUUGCUAUGGAACAUU